UUAAAUAUUGCAACAUUGUUCCAUCUUUUUCGAGAAUCAGAAAAGUGUGACGAGCGAAUUUUUGUGAAUUUUGUGUGAAAUAAACCAAAAUAUGUCUACACUCGCCGCACCUUUGUCCGUUGCAGGGACUAGAUUCUCCGGAGCACCAGUCAGAACUCAAAAUGUGAUGGCAGCUGCUGCUAUAGCUAACAUAGUGAAGAGCUCACUAGGUCCGGUGGGUUUAGACAAGAUGUUGGUUGAUGACAUUGGAGAUGUUACUGUCACUAAUGAUGGAGCCACUAUUCUAAAAAUGCUAGAGGUUGAGCAUCCAGCAGCAAAAGUGCUGGUAGAGCUGGCUCAUCUUCAGGAUGAGGAGGUUGGAGAUGGCACCACUACUGUAGUCAUAAUUGCAGCUGAGCUGCUCAAGAGUGCAGAUGAAUUAGUAAAGAACAAGAUCCACCCAACCAGUGUGAUCUCCGGGUACAGGCUGGCGUGCAAGGAGGCUGUUAAGUACAUCCAAGACAACCUAACUGUCAGUGUGGAGACACUUGGUCGCUCUUCCAUUGUCAAUGUCGCUAAGACUACAAUGUCUUCCAAGCUUAUUGGAGCUGAUGCAGAUUUCUUCUCGGAGAUGGUUGUUGAUGCAGCACAGGCUAUCAAAACAACAGAUGCUAAAGGCAAUGCUAUCUAUCCGAUCAAGGCUGUCAAUAUCUUAAAAGCACAUGGCCGAAGUGCCCGGGAGAGUGUGCUGGUGAAAGGUUAUGCCCUCAACUGUACAGUAGCAUCACAAGCUAUGCCUAAAAAGAUUCUUAACGCAAAGAUAGCUUGUCUCGAUUUCUCAUUACAGAAGACUAAAAUGAAACUUGGAGUUCAAGUAUUAGUGACAGACCCUGAGAAACUAGACGCGAUCCGCGCUCGUGAGUUAGAUAUAACAAAGGAGCGGUUAAACAAGAUAUUGAGUACGGGUGUGAACGUGAUCCUCUGCACCGGAGGUAUUGACGACCUCUGCCUCAAGUACUUCGUGGAAGCCGGUGCUAUGGGAGUGAGGCGCUGCAAGAAGUCUGACUUGAAGAGAAUCGCGAAAGCCACAGGCGCUGCAUAUCUUACUUCCUUAACUAAUAUGGAAGGUGAAGAAGUAUUUGAGCCGAGCAUGAUUGGUGAAGCAGCAGAAGUUGUCCAGGAAGAAAUCUGUGAUGAUCAACUUAUUCUUAUUAAGGGUCCAGCAGGUCGUACGGCAGCGUCGAUCAUCCUACGCGGCCCCACAGACGCGUACUGCGACGAGAUGGAGCGCUCCGCACACGACGCGCUGUGCGCGGUGCGCCGCGUGCUGGAGUCGGGCCGCGUGCUGGCCGGCGGCGGCGCUGUGGACGCAGCACUCUCUAUAUAUCUUGAUAACUUCGCUACAACACUGAGUUCCCGCGAGCAGCUGGCGAUCGCGUCGUUUGCGCAGUCCCUGCUGGUGAUCCCGAAGACGCUGGCGGUGAACGCGGCGCGCGACGCCACUGACCUCGUCGCCAAGCUCAGGGCGUACCACAACUCAUCGCAGACUAAGGUGGAACACGCAAACUUGAAAUAUGUAGGUCUGGACCUAACAGAGGGAACACUCCGUGAUAACUUAGCUGCCGGAGUGAUAGAGCCAGCGAUAUCUAAGAUCAAAUCUCUUAAAUUUGCAACUGAAGCGGCCAUUACUAUCUUACGUAUUGAUGACCUCAUUAAACUGGACCCUGAACAGAAGGGUAAGAGUUAUGAAGACGCUUGUAACGCCGGGGAAUUGGAUUAAUGGUCUAAAUUCUGUUUGUUCGGAGUGAACUGUUUCAUUUAGUGCUUAAUGCUUUUCUUACAGUGAGUUUUAGUUCUUUUAUAUUCUUAACGUCACAAGUUUCAUAUAUUUUUGUACAAAAAAUGUAUUUGAUGUAAAGUUCCAUAGUCUAUGUAUUUUAUGGUUCGUGACAUUUGUCUAUGGUUUUAAGAGACGAUUGUACUGAAGUUAUUGUAGUAAAUUGUGUCUUAAUGUGAGUUUUCUGGUAAACUGGUUUUUUCCUUACUUUUCUAGCUGUUAUGUAUGUCAAAUAUAUGUUUGUAUUGUGAAUUUCUUUGAAAAUGUAAAACUACUUUGAAGUUAUAUUUCUUAAAAAUAAGGAAUAUCAUAUAUUUACUUUAUAGUUGUAAACUGUCAAACAUGCUAACAAACAAACAUACUAACUAUAAUAUUAUAUUACAUGUUAAGAAAUAUAACCUUAAAGUAAUCUGUUCUCAAAGCCUGACGAUAUAAAAUAGCUUGUCACUUGUGCCUUGAUAUGAACCAAACUCUUAUUUUGUAUAUUUUAAUUAUGUAUGGCAAAUAUUGGGAUAUCUAAUUCUUACUCAUGAUGGUCCAGUGUGUUAUUAACGCAGUUAAUUAUUUGACCAACAUAAACAAAGAAGAAAUAUUCAAUUCGAUUGCUUUCUUAUGUAUAGCCGAGGAAUCCAGCGGUGUUUCUCUUCGGGAAGAAUUGCCUUAUUGCAAUAAGACAAAUUCCUCUUCUACCUACAAAUAACAAAUUUGAUAGUUGGUGAAUGUUAAUGCAAUCGAAGGGAUAAAAAUUAAAAUAUUCUACCCAUGUAUUAAUAAACAAAACAUACAGAUACAUAUAUAAGCUGUAUUUUAUUGGUUUUUGUUCCACAUCUCAUUUCAAAAUGUUCAUUCGAUUCUAGCUUUUAAAGUGGAACGCCGCCAGAUACCCUACUGUACAUCGGUUACUCUGAGAUUCAUGAUGCGAUUUGCGUGAUUUAGUUUUUUGAUACAGAAUAGUUACUAUUUGGUCCCAUUUUUUCAUCACAAUUAUUACCCAUACAUAUCUUGAUCGACCUUCAUUUAAUUAUCCAUUAUAACUAAUUUCAGGAAAUGAUAGAGAGGAUUACUAACCAGCUGAAAAUAUGGAAAAUACCAAUUAGGAAUUCAAUUUGUUUGAAUAAACUUAGGAUUAGGAAUAAAAAAACACCCAUUGAUUACACAUGAAUUUGUUUAAAAUUCGCGCUCUAAUUCUAAUGUAAUUUUAUCGUCGAUUUCUGUAAUGAGAGAUCGAUAAAAAACAAAACAGUUCGGGCUAUGAGAACAAUGCCAGUAUUUUAUUUAAUAAAAGUUUUACUUUCAUAACCAAACUUUGUUAUAAAUGCAAAUUGUUAAGGAGUAAAAUUCCACUUGAUAAGUUAUAAAUUAUUGUAACGUUUCGGUUUCUUUGCUUUUAACAUUAAAUACUAGGUUGUAACUCGCUAGGACGCUGUGCCGUCGAUACUGAUAAUAAAAUAAAUUUUAAUACUA